UGGCACCUUGGCGCGCUUUGGGCCCGAGGCGGGCGGACGGAGCGGCUGGGCGGACGGGGGUCGUGGGUCCGGGCGGCCAUGCAGCGGGCCGCCGCGGGGGAGGCGGGCCGGGGGCUGCGCGCCCCCAAAUGCUCCCGCUGCAGGAACCACGGCUUCCUGGUGCCCGUCAAGGGCCACGCCGGGCACUGCCGCUGGAAGCGGUGCGGCUGCCGCAAGUGCCACCUGGUCACCGAGCGACAGAAGAUCUCCGCCGCCCACAAGGGGCUGCGCGGCCCCGGGCCCGAGGAUCCGCCGGGACCCCCGCCCGACCUGCACGUCCAGCCCCGCGCCCAGCCCGGGCCGCGCACCCUGCUGCUCGCCGCCGCCGUCGGACCCGCCGGCCUGCCCGCCUUCGCCGACUACGGUUCCCAUCUCGUGCUCCCGGAUUGUGCGGUGGGAUCUGACUUCUUCGAGAGAGACGCUCCCCAGGUCUACAGCGGGUACCCCAACACGUACCACUACCACCCGUUUCCUCUGGGCCCCAACCCCGGUCAGCCGAGCUACCAGGGAGGUCCCGUAGCUUCAGGCAUACCCCUGCCAAGGGGCUACUACCAUGGCCACGGGGGCCACUGUUCGAUGCAGGUGCCGGUGCAGAACACGGAUAGAGACUACCAUCCCGGCUUCUACCCGAUACUGCCCCAGUUCAUCUCGCCGGGCUUCCUCCCUACGGUGCACUACAUGCCGCCUCUGCCACCGCCCCCGCCCCCGUCCCCUCCUCUGAACAUCCUGGCCGAGUCGCCCAAGGGAGCUGACGGUGACUCCUCUCACAGCCAGGACUCGGGAACCGAGUGUGAGCCCGGUGAGCCUCCUCAGGACCAGGCCAACUGA